UUCCAGCAGGGGAUUUAGCACUGUCGUAGCUGCGGGUGUUGUUAUUGUUUUUUUUGUGACGCGAGGCAUUCGGAGGCGGGUGGGCAACGGGGACGCAGCAUGUUCGACUGUAUGGAGGCUCUGGGCAUGGGUCCCCGCCAACUCUACGAUGUCACCAACCGGGGUGCAUGCAUGCUUCGGAAGGCGAGCCCCUUCUACGCAGGACUGGACCCUUUUGCUUGGACGGGGACGGCCAGCGUACGCUCGGUGGAGACCCAGAGCACCAGUUCAGAGGAGAUGGUGCCCAGCUCCCCUUCUCCACCACCUCCACCACGUGUUUACAAGCCCUGCUUCGUCUGCCAGGACAAGUCUUCCGGGUACCACUAUGGUGUCAGUUCUUGCGAGGGCUGCAAGGGUUUCUUCCGUCGCAGUAUUCAGAAGAACAUGGUGUACACCUGCCACCGUGACAAGAACUGCCAGAUCAACAAGGUCACACGCAACCGUUGCCAGUACUGCCGGCUGCAGAAGUGCUUUGAGGUUGGCAUGUCUAAGGAAGCUGUGCGCAACGAUCGAAAUAAGAAGAAGAAGGACGUGAAGGAUGAGGUUGUUCCGCCAGAGAGCUACGAGCUGAGUGGGGAACUGGAGGAGCUGGUCAAUAAAGUGAGCAAAGCACAUCAAGAGACCUUCCCUUCACUCUGCCAGCUGGGAAAAUACACCACAAACUCAAGCUCAGACCACCGGGUUCAGCUGGAUCUGGGCCUAUGGGACAAAUUCAGUGAGCUUUCCACCAAGUGCAUCAUUAAAAUUGUGGAAUUUGCCAAACGCCUUCCGGGCUUCACCACUCUCACCAUCGCAGAUCAGAUCACACUCCUUAAAUCAGCCUGCUUGGAAAUUCUAAUGCUGCGAAUCUGCACACGAUACACACCGGAACAGGACACAAUGACCUUUUCAGAUGGACUCACCCUCAACCGGACUCAGAUGCAUAAUGCUGGCUUCGGCCCGCUCACUGACCUGGUGUUUGCCUUUGCUGGUCAGCUUCUGCCCCUUGAGAUGGAUGAUACGGAGACUGGACUCCUCAGCGCCAUCUGCCUAAUUUGUGGAGACCGAAUGGAUCUUGAGGAGCCUGAGCGUGUAGAUCGUCUGCAGGAGCCCCUGCUGGAAGCUCUGAAGAUCUAUGCACGACGCCGCCGACCCAACAAACCUCACAUGUUCCCUCGCAUGUUGAUGAAAAUCACUGACCUGCGUGGCAUCAGUACCAAGGGAGCAGAAAGGGCCAUAACUCUCAAGAUGGAGAUCCCAGGCCCCAUGCCUCCUCUCAUUCGAGAGAUGCUGGAAAACCCAGAGGCCUUCGAGGAUCAGGCUGAGUCCACAGAGAAGAAGCCCGAGCUCGAACAGCCCACUCCUCCACCCGCCCUGCUUACUAUGAAGAAAGAGCAGGAGGAUGAGGACGACAGCUGGGCCACAGAGAACGGCAGUGAGCCUUCACCGGAGGAGGAGGAUGACGAUGACGACGACGGAGAGGAGGAGAGGGGUACAGACAGCGACGGAGAGGCCUGGGGCGGCCAGGAACCCAAUGUGGACGUGUCCAGAAAGAGCCAUGGAGGAAGAGCUCAGUGAGGAAGCUUUCUUCUUCCAGCCUUACCUGUACAGACACUCCUAACUCAGGCCACUCGGGCAACGAUGAGAGACAUCAGUGAGUCGAUUUGAGGAAACUCACGUAAAAAACCUCUUCUCAGGACCUCUCCUGCAGAACGAGAGGGAAGGCGAAAGACAAAACAACUGGCUUUUCAGACAAAAUAACUGCCGCUUUUAUAAAACUUGUUUGUUUGCUUUGAAAAGGAGAAGCCAAAUGGACGUAUACCAUUAACAGCUGACUCUCAACGGGUUCAAAAAAGUCUUUCAAAAGAAAAUACAGGAUGAGAACUGAAAAUGCGAAUCUUUUUCUGUCGUCGUUGAUGCUUUUGAAUAUCAUUUUGACUUUUCAGCCUUGAGAUAGUUUGUUCUCUUUACAUUUUAUGAAUAAGCCCAUACAUAUCUAUAUAUACCUUUAUAUAUUUUUUUGUCCUGUAUUGUAUUUUCUUAGUUAUAUUUUGUUUGGAUAGCUUUCCUGGGCAGACUUACAGAAAGAUAAUCGGAUUGCUAUAACUGGCAGACCUCUGCUGAGUCUUUAUCCAGCUGCUUGGUUGGGUUCUUGGGCACUUUGGCUCAGCAUUAGAUGUCAUUGAUAAUCAGUUCAGUGGCUGGGUAUCUCCCGUCGAAUGAUCCGUGUUUUAGGAGAAUGCCAUUACGUAUCGGCUUUUAUUUGGUCAUAUGAUUCGCUGCCAAUUGAAUGGUGUGUCUGUGCCAAAGUUUGCAGCUUGUAGGGUUCAAUUCCUGUCAGGGAGCCCAGCUCCAAACAGAAAACACCCACAUGUCCAUUACCUUCAAGUCUCUGCAUCAUGCAUAUGAUGUCAUACUGGACCGGUUUCAUUCAGAGUGCUCAGGCAGAAGUUAUGCAGCGCUCGAGUCAAAUUAAAAGACUGCGUGGAAUUUGACCUCAUCGGCCUAGACAAUUCUUCAGGAUUACUACACAAAUGCAUCUGGACAAUUUUUUGAAUCUCAUAUAUCACAAUGAAAUACAGGAACGCACACACACACACACACACUUGAAAAGCAUGCUACAUAUAUUCAGAUAUCUUGCUAUAAAAAA